GACGGGAUAUCUGAGCUCCAAAGGACGGAUGGAAGAAUUGUUCCGAGUAGUGAGGUUUAUCCUCCAAACUCUGCAAACCUGAGAAGAGAUAAAGAACGAUCAAGGUUACUGAGUGUUCUGCCAACCUUUGAUGAUAGUUCUGUGAACAACAGUUUAGUGAAUGUAAGGAUCGGAGAAACUAUUCAUCUUAGCUGCAGAAUAUUCAUGUUACAGGAUUCUCUUGUUACCUGGGGAGUACAGCGGAAGGAUACAAUAGAUUUGUUAACUGUUGGCAAUACUACUUUUACUGGAGAUAACAGAUACUCAGUUCAAUUCCAGAACCCUACAGAUUGGGUUCUCAGGAUUGAGAAUGUUGAGUCCCGAGAUGCUGGCAAGUUUAUCUGUACCCUGCAGACCUAUCCUAAACAGACCCUAAUAGUGUUUCUACAAGUCGACGGUCCUGUUAUAGAGAUAAGGAACUCUAGUGAAGGGUUUGUGUAUAGUGCAGGUUCACAUAUAAACCUGGAUUGUAUUUAUAGAAACAGGACUAAAGAUGAGAGGAACGAUAAUCGAACCCCCCACCCUCUGCUCCCAAUACCGUUGUCCACCCAGCUACCCAGCUCAGCUGUUCGCUGGACUCUUAACAAUAAACCUUUCAGUCUGAGAAACAGGAAAAGGGUGAAGAAUGAAUGGACAGGAGACGAAGUACACAGUUAUCUCACAAUCAAGAGUUCAAUCAAGGAGGAUAGCGGUAACUACACCUGUACUCUACCCCACACUAAUAUAUCCAGUACUGUACAGAUACAAAUACUUAAAGGGGAGCAUUCUGAGGCCGUGCUAACAGAAUCCCAGACCAGCAAUGCCGCAGAUUGUUCUCAAAAUAUAAUUUUUCUUCUAGUCGCCAUUUUUUACAAUUCAUAAACAUAAUUUUAUUUCUGAUAUUUUAUAGU